AUGCCCAUGCAGACUGAUUUAAAAGGUAUUUCCACUACUACUACUGCUACCACUUAUGUAUCAAAUAUAAAAAGACUUAAAACAAUGACCCAGUCCAGUGUUUAUGAUCCAGCCUAUACUCAUCGAAGAAAAGAAAUACCCAAGGAUGAAGAUAGAUACCACACAAAUGAACCUCUUUCUCAUAUUAAACGUGAUGAAUUUAAAUUACCACAUAAAUUGAAUGAUGAACUAAGUUUCCUACCCUGGUAUGAUGAUUUCCAAUCAAGUCUACAAAAUUGUCCUCAAUUUAAACCAUUUGUAGUUUUAGAUUUACUUCUGUUAGAAGGAAGUACUUUUGAUUAUCGAGAGAAUGUAAGACGUGCUCAUGAAGAAUGUCUACUUAACCCAUUAAUUAAUCAAUAUUUAAAUCAAGCCCUUUUCCAAUCACUAGAUCCAAAUUUAGAAUAUUUGGUAUUUCAAGAUAAAACAUUUUCGGAGAAUUUUGAAUCAAUAAAAUUUCAUUUCCAUCAAGUUAUGAAUCCAUUCUUUUUCAUGUCUUUAGAAAGUAGUUUGAAAUUUGAUAUUGCCAAUGUAUUACAAUUUUUAAAAGAUUUGGAUAAUUUAAUUAAAGUGUAUCAAUUCACCUUUCAAAAACCAACCCCAGAUGAAUUGAAAUUGAAUUGGAUAAUGAAUUGUUUGAAUACUCUGUAUCCUGAGAUAUCAAGGGAGAUUCAAUUGAAUUGGGAAGCAAUUAAUCGAGAUCCAAUAUUGAUUAGAAGAAUAUUAACCAAACAUGCGAAUUCAAGGUUAAAGAUUCGUAAGUUAGCAAUGUCAGACUAA